GGUAACUAUCAGAGUACUUUGCUGUGGGAAUUCCUGCCUGGGGUUGGAAUACUUUUGUUUAACUUUGUCAAAGUUAGACAAGCUCAAACAAAUGUCGUUUCUGACUCGGUCUUAAGUCUUGGAGCGUGCGCUUACCUGUGGAGCAAAUGUGUCAACUGGCACGCAACGGUUUCCAGUCGUACCGUGUUGUGAUGGCUAGCCGUCGUCGCUAGCAGGCUAGCUAGCUAAAUGGCUGGUGUUGGUACUGCUGUAAAGAAGGCGAUAAUUAGCUAGCAAGCGGGCGACGCUCGCCCGGGUGCUGGUUUGUUACAGACAGUUCGCCAUCUCCUGACACUCCCGAUAAGACCAAUUAACGGAUAAUGCAUUGGAUGUUACAGUAAGGAAGAUCAUCAAUUGGAAAGAUGGUAUUUUUACCCAGAGGAUUACUCGUCAUGCCUUUCGAAAUUGUGGAGUGAUUUACUUGAUAAAAUCAUGCACGGCGUCAAAUCAGAUCUCGCUCACUGCUGCAGAGAUUCCUUGUCUUUGCAUACGGAUUUAUCAGCCAGUUUUUGAAGACCAGCACCUACGACUGGAUGUGCAGUCUUUUCCUUUUUUUUCCAGUGUGCUUCCGGUAAAACAUUAACUAUGUAUCUGUGCGGGUUGGAUAUGCUAAGAUACAUAUAAACAUUCGCGUGAACUCGUGUGAAGGAAGCCCAAAGAAGGAAGUCCAGGACGGGAUAGGUGCACAGAAACUACCCGUUCCAAAAGAAACAUGGCCUCUGUUUGGAAGAGACUGCAACGUGUGGGAAAGCAUGCCUCCAAAUUCCAGUUUGUGGCUUCCUAUCAGGAGCUGAUGGUGGAAUGCACUAAGAAAUGGCAACCAGACAAACUGGUGGUGGUGUGGACACGCAGGAGUCGACGGAAAUCUUCCAAGGCCCACAGCUGGCAGCCUGGUAUCAAAAAUCCUUACAGAGGAGUGGUGGUGUGGCCUGUACCAGAAAACAUUGAGAUCACAGUCACUCUUUUUAAGGAUCCCCACGCAGAGGAGUUUGAAGACAAAGAGUGGACGUUUGUCAUUGAAAAUGAGUCUCCAUCAGGGCGGAGGAAGGCCUUGGCUACCAGCAGUAUAAACAUGAAACAGUACGCCAGUCCCAUGCCCACACAGACAGAUGUCAAACUCAAAUUUAAGCCCCUAUCGAAGAAAGUGGUGUCGGCCACGCUGCAGUUCUCCCUCUCCUGCAUCUUCCUCCGUGAGGGAAAGGCCACUGAUGAGGACAUGCAGAGCCUGGCCAGCCUGAUGAGCAUGAAACAGGCAGAUAUCGGCAACUUGGACGACUUUGAGGAAGAGAAUGAGGAGGACGAGGAGAACAGGGUCAACCAGGAGGAGAAGGCUGCCAAGAUCACAGAGUUGAUCAACAAGCUGAACUUCCUGGAAGACGAGGAUCAGGAAACGCCUCCUGCCAUGAGCACCAAUCCCUUCGACGAGCCCGAUGACGACCUUCAUCCUAACCACCUCAACCCAUUCGGUGAUCCCGAUGAGGAGGAGCCUCCUACACAGCCGGUCUUACGGAAACGAGUAGAUGACGAUUCCUUCUAUGACCACGACUCCUCAAAUCCGUUCAGUGAGCCGGAUGAACCAGACGCACAUACGCCAGGGAACCCCUUCGAGGAGCCGGACCAGGACAUGGACCCCCAGCCAGACCCAGAACCCCCAAAGCCCAGGCAAAGAAAAGGCGUACGGCCUGUUGACAUGAGCAAGUACCUGUAUGCCGACACCACUCACAACGAGGAGGAGGAGCUUGACGAAUCCAACCCGUUCUACGAGCCAAGGACAUCGAGCCCUGCGCGGCCCCCCGCUGGCGGCCCCUCCCUCGAUGUGGGCAGCAGCCAGAAGAGGAGGGCGCCCCCACCCCCAGGUUCCAGCCCUGGCCUCAGCCCCAGUCCGCCAGCUCCCAAACCCAGCGCUGGCCCAGACAGGGAGAGAACCCAGCCAGUCGGGCCCAGCCCAGUGGCAGCAGUGAUGGGGAGAGAGCUGGCCUCCUCUUCCCCCAAGCCCAGCCCCGUCCCAAGUCCGGUUCUGGGAGGGAAGCCGAAUGCCAGCCAGUCUCUGCUGGCCUGGUGUCGCGAGGUCACCAAGAACUACCGCGGGGUGAAGAUCACUAACUUCACCACCUCCUGGAGGAAUGGGCUGGCCUUCUGUGCCCUGCUGCACCACUUCAGACCUGACAUAAUAGACUACAAGUCGCUCAAUCCUCAGGAUAUUAAAGAAAACAACAAAAAGGCGUAUGAUGGCUUUGCGAGCCUGGGCAUCUCCCGUCUCCUGGAACCAUCUGACAUGGUGCUGCUGGCCAUUCCUGACAAGCUAACAGUGAUGACCUACCUGUACCAGAUCCGGGCCCACUUCUCCGGUGAGGAGCUCAACGUGGUGCAGAUAGAGGCCAACAGCAAUCGCAGCACAUACAAGGUGGGCGACUUUGAAACCGAUACAAAUGCCUCCAUAGGCCAGGACAAGUUCUACGCCGAACUAAACGACGUGCAGCAGCGCCAGGGUACCUCUGAGCAUGCGGAGUCUGCUGGUGGCGUUGACGCGGAGUCUAACGGCACCAAAGCCACUGAGGAAGAGGUGGUGGAGCCGGGUUGGAAGGCUGAAGCAGGAGCAGUUUCAGCCAGCUUGCAGACAACAGGGCCUUUGCAAUCCUCACCUCCUGUCCCAUCGCCACGCACAGUAUUAGCCGCCUCAGCAACGGACUCAACCCAUGUGACACUGCCACGCUCUGAGGACAGGGGGAAUCUGCGCAAAGCCAACACGUUAGAACUCAGUGAGUUACCACAGAGAGUGGAGAGAGAGAUGGAGAAAGAAAGACAGCAGAAGGAGGAGGUGGGAGAUGAUAGAAAGGAGGGAAGUAUAGAACCAGGGUCUCCCAUCAGGAGUGGGGUCUCCUCCUCCUCCUCACCACCUCACCAGAAACUGGGCUUUUCCUAUAACAGGGACGCCGACCUCAUCAAGAAGAAAAGGGCCAGUCUGCGUCAAUCGGACUCUGAGCCCGCCUCAGACUCCUGCUCUUCUCCAGUCAACCACACAGACACGCCUCCCAAACAGGAGCCGACACCUGCUCCUGUAUCAAGUCCCCCGGCUGAGAAGAAGGUGCUCUCCCGUCAAGAGGAGCUGAAGGAGAGAGCCAGGCUCCUCCUGGAACAGGCCCGCAGAGACGCUGCAAUGAAAGCCGGCAACAAGAACGUCCCCAACUCGGCCGUGACUGCACCAACCAGGGCCACAAAUGCGGCAGAUGAGCGUGAUGCAGAGCGGCGAAGACAGCUGAGAGAGCGAGCCAGGCAGCUGAUAGCUGAGGCUCGAUCCGGAGUCAAGAUGUCUGACAUGAGCCUGCUGGACGCUACCAGCACUGAGAGAGGGAAGGGCGGCAAGGCUAGCCCUGCUGCAGAUGUUUUGGACGGAGUGAGAGGUCACCAUGAGGAUCAUGGUGAAAGGGGUACCAACAGUAAACAUGUGGACUUGAAGCUGAAGAAGCUGGUGGAGGUCAACCCAAGAGGAGUCACCUCCCCUUCGUCCCCAUCCUCCACCUCCUCCUCAUCCUCACCCACUGCCUCCUCCACCUCCCCACUCAGCCCUGCAGAAGGACUCGAGAAUAACGCCGAGGAGCUGCGAGCAGAGCGGCUGCGCAGAGCAACAGAAAAGUUGCGCAGCCCCGUCGUCUUCAGCAAGGACUCUGCAGUCCGGAAAACACAGCUGAAGUCCUUCAGCCAGUAUGUGGAGAGCAGACCAGAGGUGAAGAGACAAAAGUCUAUCCCUGAGGAUCUGAAGAAGGCUGAGGAGGAUAGAGGUUCACCGACAGAGAUCGAUAUUCGUAGACCAUUUGAAGAGGAGAAGGCGUUCAAAGACACCAGUCAGUAUGUGGUUGGGGAGCUGUCUGCGCUGGAGAGCGAGCAGAGGCACAUAGACGCCCGAGCAGCUCGCGUGGAGAAGAGGCUGCGCUAUCUCAUGGACACAGGAAAAAACAAGGAGGAGGAGGAGGCCAUGAUGCAGGAGUGGUUCAUGUUAGUAAACAAGAAGAACGCCCUCAUCAGAAGACAGAACCAGCUCUCUCUGCUGGAGAAAGAGCACGAUCUGGAGAGACGCUUCGAACUGCUGAACAGAGAGCUGAGAGCCAUGCUGGCCAUCGAGGACUGGCAGAAGACCGAGGCCCAGAAGAGACGAGAGCAGCUGCUGCUGGAUGAGCUGGUCAUACUGGUCAACAAACGGGACGCGCUGGUCAGGGACCUGGACGCCCAGGAGAAACAGGCCGAGGAGGAGGACGAGCACCUGGAGAGGACGCUGGAGCAGAACAAAGGCAAGAUGGCCAAGAAAGAGGAGAAGUGUGUCCUUCAAUGAUUGUCACUUGAGAAAAACACAACCAACAAAUGUAGCCGAUAAAAGAAAUGUAUCAUUAUUAUUAUUGAUAUUAUUAUUAUUAUUAUUAUUAUUAUUAUUUGAUAGUGGCUUUUAAACAUUUCUAUCAGUUAUUUGAAUCUUUAUCUGGUUGUUGUUUCGGUCAAAUUAACCUCAGAGACUCGGCUGAAUUUAGAGGCCUGCGAUGCCUUUGCACCAACUUUAUACUGACUCCAACUGUCCCACAUAUUUACAGUAUUUUUUAUUUUUAAUUCUCCUUUGCUUUACACAGAUCGGUACUUGUCUGUAAUAUAAAUAUGUGUGAGACAAAGGCAGUGGAAAGGCUGUGAUGUUUGUAUGUAAUAAUGCAGCAGCACAGCCCUCUCUGUGUGAAUGUGGAGAGCAGUGGGUUUGAGGUACAGCACAACAGGAUUUAAUGGGGGGAUUUCUCUUUAUCUAUUUUUUUUUUUCUUCUUCAUCAUGUUGAGAAGAUGAUGAGGCGGCUGACGUUUCAGUUGGACUUUUAAAAGGAAAAAAAGAUUGGUUGUACCAUCAGUUUUUU